AUGGCGUAUGGUGGAUGGCACCAGGGCACAGCUGGAACGACAUACUACAGGGGCGGCUCGGGUCACGGCGCCUGGCCGACGUGGUCUGAGGUGCAAGCGGCCGGAAGCGGCGGGGAGCCACCUCAAGCAGCGAUAGGCGAAGAUGAUGCAGCGGCCCAGGCGCAGGGAAGCACCACUGCCGCCGCAACUCCGGAAGAAACUCCACAGUGGAACUGGGGAACCCAAGCCUGGGGGAAUGGGUCCUGGAACCAGGGUGGAUGGGGCGGAGGAAGCUGGCAGUGGAACUGGUGGCCCACGAGCAGCAACGCCAAGGGCGACUACAGCGAUCCGCCAGCAUGGGGCGGAUGGUCAAGCUAUCGGCUGUGGAAGAAGUCCCUGAUCCGGUGGAACCAGAACACAGACGUGCCCAUGUGGAGAAGGUUCGAGAAGCUGAGCAAGCAACUAGAUUGGGAUCUUCAGGGCCGAUUUGAGCACGUGCCCGAGGCGACGCUAGCGGGCGCAGGCUAUCUGGAUGCGGUCCUUGGCAUCCUCGAUGGCCUGGCUGGGGAGAAGGACGCGUCGGAGAAGCGCAGGGUCGUCAGAGCAGCCCUGUUCGAAGGCCAACGCAAGAAGGACGAGACGUUGUCGCAGUUUGCUGUGCGCCGUGAACAGGAGUUUGCUGGAGCCGACCGCUACCUGACGAUCCCUUCCGAGCUCAAGGCGUUCAUCCUGGAGGAGACGGCGGGACUCACUCGGCAAGGCGUCCAGAACCUCCGGACGCUCACCAGCGGGGCGGGUGACUUCGACAAGAUGGUGGGCGCCCUCAAGACGCUCGAUGUAGAAGAAGAGCCGUUGACCAAGGGCAAGUCGGCGCUCUUCAGUGGGCUGGCGACGGAGGACAGCACGGCGACGACCGGUGACGAUGGCGAGGCCAGCCCCGACGACGUCGAUGAGGAGUACCAUGACCAGGUCGAGGCAUUCCUGACGGAGGUCGACGAUGCCGACGAGGACACCGCGCUCGAGAUGCUGGCCGCCUUCGAGAAGGAGCAAGCUGCGGCGCCGGAGAAGCGCCGGACCUGGAAGCAGAACAAGGACAGGAAGGCGGCGGCGAAGAAAGACCGACGGGUGUUCAGCCGGCCCCGGCUCACGGUCAGUGAGCUGAAGGAGCGCACUCGAUGUGCCAACUGCGGGGAGCGAGGGCAUUGGAAAGCUGAGUGCAAGAAGCCGUACCGCUCCAAGGAGGAUCGUGGCAAGAACGACGGCCGCGGGGCAGAAGCAGGGCGCAGGGCCGUGGCUUUUGUCUACUUUGGGGCCACCGAGAACGAGGCACAGGGCAACACCUUCGUGGGCUGGGCGGCUGGGGCGGCUGAGCUGGACGAGGACGAGGCCCGGGACAUGUUCGAGCACACGAUUCCCCGGCAGACCGCCCAGGUUCGCGACCCCGAGGACGGCGAGACGAGCGAGCACGAGGCCCAGAACGCGCUCGAGGACACGAUUCCCCGGCAGAUCGCCCAGGUUCGCGUCCCUGAUGGCGGCGAGGUGAACGAGCACGAGGCCCACGACGCUCUCGAGGACACGAUUCCCCGAGAGGACAACCAGGUUCGCGACCCAAAGGGUGACGACGAGGCGAAGCACGACGCCCCGGACACGCCCGAUGACACGAUUCCCCGGAAGGACAAGGGCAAGCAGUGGGAGCCGGCAGCCCGGCCAGGGUCCCCAAGGGCACGCGAUGGCGAAAGGACUUCAGUGGGCCGCUGUGCUGGUCUUCUUGGAUGGCUUGUGGCAGCCGUGGUGGCCGGGAGCCAGGCGAGCCUCUUCGCGCUGGACCCCGGACACGCCAUUCUGGACAUUGGGGCGGCACAGGACCUGAUCGGGAAGGAGGCUUUUGAGCGACUGAACCAGCGGCUAAGGAAGCAGGGGCUGCGCAGCUUGAGGCUACCGUGUGCGCCUCCAUCUGCCCACGGGGUCGGAGGCAAGGCGACACCACUUUUUCAAGCCCUCAUUCCGUGCAUCCUGGCGGGCGUGCCUGGCGUGGUGAGGGUCACGGUCAUCGAGGAGAGCAUCCCUCACCUCAUCUCGGUGGGCCUUCUUGAAGCCACGGGCGCGGCCAUUGACAUGCGGCGCAACACCGUUGACUAUCAGGAGCUGGGAGUGAGUGAGCCGAUGCUGCGCCUCAAGUCGGGGCACCGGGCUGUGGACAUAGCGGCGUGGCGCGGGGGAACUUUCCCGACGCCCCACCAUGUCAAGGAAGAGUUCGGUCUCACCGAUGGUGCCUUCAACCUGGGGGCGGAGUUGACUGGAAGCGCAAUUGAAGCAUACAUGGUAGAUGGGGUUCCGGGGAAGGGGGCCAGUGUGUCGCAAGAUGGGAGGAGCCUGACCGCAGGGAGAGCUUUGAAACGAAUGUGUUGCGGCAGCCCUUGGCUCGUAGCGGCAGUGAGCCUCCCCGUGCUGAGCGGCACGCCUCACAUGGAGAGCAACCCCGAGCACAAGUGGAAGAAAGUGGUCACCCGGCUUCUCAAUCGACGAGUGCUUCCCGAGGAGCCGGUGGUGAGUCAGCAAUGCCCGCAUCCCGCGGACUCCGUGGUCAAUGGGGCAAAUCAAUAUGGGUCAUGGCGGCGAUGUCUGCUUUGUCAAACGAAAAUCAGCUAUGUACCCCACCGAGCGCGGCCGAAACCAAAAGCUGGGAAAGCGGUCGCGUAUGUCAGCGAGCCCCCUCCGGUGCAGCUUGGACGCGAGAAGGCCUCCGGCAGCCAGCCGGCGGAGACGAAGACCACCGAGGUGAUCGAGGCGAUCGGCAAGGUGAUGGCAGAGAACACCCACCAGCUGCAGGUGGCGAUGGCACAGUGCAACCAGCAAGUGCUGCAGGGCAUGGCGCAGACCAAUCAGCAGAUGAUGGCAUCCAUGGGUACCGUGGUGCAGACCAUGCAGGCCAUGCAGGUGACGCAGCAGAGCAUGGUGCAAGAGGUGCGUCAGGUUGCUGGAGGUGCAGCGGCGGCGGUUGCGCAGGCUGGGCUGAUGAUUCCGGAGGCGGCGAUGCACCAGGUGACCUCCAUGGAGGGCGUGGCACCCGAGACGGCAGCCGAUCUCAGCCCACAAUGGACUCCCGAACAGGUGGCACGGCCCGGCGGGACGAGGAGGGCGGUGAGCUUCUAUGACGAGGGCGGCCGCGACGUCGGGGACCUGAAGGACCACGAGCUCUACGACGCGGCGGCCAAGGAGGGCAAGAACUUCUUCGCACACGGCCCGGGCGACCUCUUCUACACCUUUGCCGGUGCUGGUUCUCCUGCCACCCUGCUGUGCAAUGAGCCGUGUGACCGAGCCAAGCUGGUGAGGGCACAGCUUCCAGGGGGUCAGGCAGGCCGCAACAUGAUCGAGUGGAAGCUCCCGGGGCUUCGCUGGCACUUGGACAACCUGGAGCUUGAAGGCGAGUUCGACCAGGCGAAGCUGAUUCAGAAGUAUGACCCCGACCUCCUUGUGAUCGAGCCCGAGGUGACGGACGGCGACUAUCACGAUCACGACGUCGGGGAGCUCCGAGAGAAGGUGCAACGCAAGCUUGUGCGAGACUUUUGUCACCGAACCUGCCGGGAGAUGCUGCAGCGAGGAAGGGCUGUCAUGUGGGCGGCCAAGCGACUGGGGACACACAUCACCGACGAUGAGAAGGCCGAGCUCGAAGGGGCAGGCGGCAUCAUGGCGAGCCACGGCCCCGACGACCAGGACUUUCUCACGAACGACGCCGGCAUCGCAGUGAAACUCCAUGAUCACAGCCGCAUCGGCUGGCUGGCGUCCUCUGUGGAGGGCAUGGUGGGCGCUGAGGCCCAGUGGCGCUCCUUUGCGGCGGCGGGUCUUGACGAGGAGCAGGUGAUCGAGGAGGAGGCCGAGGAGCUGGAUCAAGACGGCAACGCCGGGGCAGGAGUCGGAAGCUUUCCACCAGAGGAGGGGGAGGGCUUGGCACAACAAGCUCACCGGGACAAGGAGGUGGCCAAGCUGGUGGAGAAGCUCCACUUGAACCUGGGCCACCUCUCCAAGGACCGCAUGAUGGUGAUGUUGAAGGCAGCCGGGGCCAGAGAAGACGUCCUGGAGUACGUCGCGAAGAGGUUCGAAUGCGAGAUGUGCGGCCGAAGGCAGAGGGAGCUCAAGCGGCGAGUGGCGGCACACCCGAGGACGUACACGUUCAAUCGGAUCGUGGCGGUUGACGUCCUCUAUGUUCCGUGGCGGGGGGUAUCGCUGCCGGUGCUCAACAUCGUCGACCAUGGAUCCCACUACCAGGUUGCCACCCUCAUCAAGGAGAACGAUGGACGACCUCACCGCGGCGGGUCCCCGAGUUCUGAGGAAGCGUGGAAGACAUUCAUGGAGGCGUGGAUCCGGCCGUUUGGAUCGCCAGAGAUCGUCUUGAGCGAUGCAGGGUCGGAGUUCCAAAAGGAGUUCGCAACCGGGUUGGAGUUGCAGUCCGUCUUCCACCACGUCGUGGACGCCGACUCACCGUGGCAAAACGGAGUGGCAGAACGCCACGGCGGCGAGGUCAAGCGACGCCUCCUGAGAGAGCUUGCUGAAGGGAAGUCCGUCCUGACCAGCCGCGACGACAUAGACCUCAUGCUCUACCACCUCACGGCAGCCAAGAACAUGUGGUACACCCGUGCCGGGUACUCUCCUGCCCAGCUCGUCUUCGGAAGGAACCCGAGGAUUCCCGAGGAGCUGCUCUCUGACCUCGUCUCGAGUGCCCCGGGAAGGCAGGCCAUGGCGAGUGAUCCCACCAACCUUGAGGGCAGCGAGCGAGCCUACGUCCAGAGCUGCAUCAUCCGGCAGAGGGCCAGGGAGCUCAUGUUUGAGAAGGAGGCGAACGAGAAGUUGCAGCGGGCGGCUCGUGCGCCACGACACACCUACCAGCAGUACGCGGCAGGACAGUGGGUGUACGUCUUUCGAAGAGCCCCACAACGUGCACGUUGGUCAGGCCCUGGGUUGGUUCUUCUACAUCAGGGCACCACCGUGUGGGUCGCCAUGAGGGCUCGGCUGUGGAAGUGUAACGUGGACCAGGUGAGACCGGCCAGCAGCACGGAGGCCCUUGGCAUCGAGAUUGUGAACUCGCAACAGUACCAGGAGCUGCUAAGGAACAUGGAGGGCAAGCGAGCAGGUGCUGUUGAUGUCGCUAGGGAGGGCUCCCCACCAGAGGACGCCUGGGAAGAGCCGCGCGAGGAGGAGGCCCCAGUGAUGAUGCCCACGCCACCGGAUGGAGACGGUCGGGAUGCGGACCAAGGCUCGGGACCCAACGAGGCAAACUCUGAGGCCGGUGCGGCGGAUGGACAGCCAGCCGCGGAGAGGCAGCGACGAGUGUCAAUUCAGAGCACCACUGUCCCGAGCGAGGGUGACCAGAGCCUGGAGGAUGGUGAGCAACGCAAGCGCAACGCGGAGGCCGCCGAGCUGGACCCAAUCCUUGAAGAGGAGAUCGAUUGUCCAGGCACCCACGAAGCAGCUCGACGGGCCGAGUCGAGCACCACGCCAUCCUCUGGUCGUGGCGAGGAACCGCCGGCGCGAAGGAGAUCGCGGUCCCCUGUGCCGCCGGUGAUGCGUCCAGUGCUUGAGAGAGCCCAAGCCGAGCACCUUGAGCUCAUGAGGCAACGGGCCGAGGCAACGGACGGCGGCCUCGAGGACCCGAACCUGUACCAGGACAACCGUGACCUCAAGGAGUUGGGCAACGCCCGGGCGAAGCAGAAGGCAAAGGACCUGAAUUACCACUGCAGCGGCGUCUUCUACGCGAUUGAGAGAGAAGGCGAAGGGCAGGCACCUUGUCUAGUAGCCUGCCGAAGUGACGAGUUCAACAUGAAGCGGGCCACCCCCGAGGAGGCGGCCGGGUUCAAGGAGUCAGACCUGACCGAGUGGAACAAUGUCGUGGGGAUGAACGCAGUGAAGAUUUGGCGAGGCACCGAGGCCCGAGAGCUGAGGCGCCAGUAUGCGGGGCGCAUUUUGCGCAGCCGCAUGGUGCGGCGAAAGAAGCCGAUGCCGGGAGUCGGCUGCUUCAAGUACAAGUCCAGGUGGUGCGUGCUGGGCUUUGACGACCCCGACGGCCCAGACCUACGAACGUUCUCCCCCACUCCCCAGGCAGAGGUCAUCAACGUCUUCUUUCAGGCGGCCCUAAACCUUGGCCUCCAGGUGGUGUUUGGCGACGUGACCUCGGCAUUCUGCCAAGGAAAGAAGCUCGAGCGAGCAGCAGGCCGGCUGUUCGCAGAACCAUGCCCCGGCAUUGACGCUGAGCCGGGCGACCUGGUGGAGCUUCUUGUGGCUGUCUACGGCCUGGAGGAUGCUCCAGUGUGCUGGUCAGAGACAGUGCAAGAGCACCUGUGCACCAACCUGGGCUUCCGCAAGACGCAUCUGGACCCCUGCCUGUAUGUGCGGCAGAACAUGAGUAAGCCAGUGGAGGAGCGUGUCGAGGCCAUGAUUCUGGUUGAGGUCGACGACUUCAACGUGGCAGUGCGUCCCGAGCACGAGGAGGAGCUUCUCACCAGCCUCCGGGGCAAGUUCAAGUUCGGGAAGUGGCUUCGGAACGAAGCGGACUUUAACGGAAGGCACGUGAAGAUCACCGACAACGACGUGUACAUGCACCAGGAGAAGUAUGUGUUGGAGAAGCUUCAGGCCCUAGAGCUGAGCAAGGGGAGACGCGCCCUCAAAGAGAGCCUGCUCACCGAGGAGGAGGCUGAGAGUUUCCGCUCGAUGCUGUACCGAGUGAGCUGGCUGUCGCACCAGACCCGACCAGAGGCGGCUGGGCUCACGAGCAUCCUCAGUUCCAAACUCAACCGGGCCACCAUUUCGGAUGUCAUCACUCUGAACAAGAUGAUUGGGCACCUGAGAUCUACUCCGAGACAGGGCAUCCGGCUCCGGAGGUUUCGCCCGGCAGACAUGUGCUUCAUUGGCAUCAGUGACGCUGGUGGGGUGGAUGGCGCCGUGGAAGGGAAGGGCGCCGACGGCAUGAUCGAGGACCCGGUCCAAGGCUCCUGGCUGGUGCUGGCAAGUGACAAGCUGCCGGCUCACGACGAACACCUUCGAGUGUCUGUGCUGUCGUGGCGCUCCACCAAGCUCAAGCGGCGGGUCACGAGCACUUUGGCGUCAGAGACGUUGGCGUUUUCCCAGUGCCUUGGAGAGAUAGAGUGGAUGCAGGUGCUCUAUCGCGACAUCAUCUUCGGAGAUGUGACCAUGGAGUCUUGGAGGCAGGUGAUCCAGCCCUUCACAUGCCUCCUCCGCAAUGGGAGCCAACUGGCAGGACGCCAACAGCAGUGUGGCGUCACGGACGCCAAGUCGCUGUACGAUGCUCUGGUGAAGGGACACCCGGCCAGCAGACAAGACCGAAGGAAUGCCCUGGAGCUUGCCGCGAUCAUUGAUGCUAUGGAGAAGGGCGGAGGGGUGGUGCGCUGGACCUCGCACCAGCGCAUGGUCGCCGACAUGCUGACAAAGGCCGACAUCGGGAAAGGAAACGGCGCGUUGCUACACCUCCUGAGGACCGGGGUUCUUCACAUAGACGACGAAGCUAGCGAGUUGAAGCGGCGUGAGACAGGGGACGGCAGAGCCCGGACCCGUGCUGCAACCGAGCGCCUCCUUAGCAAGGAGGAGGCGGCUGAGCGAAGCGAACUAAGUGGGUUCGCAUUGUGGUUCGCUAGCAAGGUCAGCAUAGAUUUGGGGAAGCUGUUGAGAUUUCCUAGCACAUUACCGAACGGUGGUGAGAGUGAAUGCGUCUGA